CUCAAUCGUUCAAAAUGCGGCUAUUCCUAAUUCUUCUUCUUGUUUCUGUAACUCUGGGUAAUAAGAAAGCCUUACGCUGCCUCAAAGAUUGCCCAAUAGAUGUCUUUGACGUAUCGUGUUCCUUUGACAAAUUCUGUUACUUUGAAGCAGAAAACCAAUGCCAUGUUGAUAUUGAGAAAUGCCUGAGAAGGGCGUAUAAUAAACCAGCUUUUCUUAAAAAGAAGACAGGAUAUUGCUUAAAGCAGAACUAUCCAAGGAGAGCGAAACCUUGCAUUCCAAUGGUUUCAUCCAGUGUACUACCAGUAAAACAUGAUUUUGACCAGAGGUACAAUCAAAACUUGUUCGCUACGGGUCUGUGAUUAUUGUACUAAUUGGUUCACGACCAAAAUAAUUUAGA